CAGUUCAGUAUAGUGGUAGAGUCGACGCGUACUUCACGCGCCGAAGUCUUACCGCAGUGUUUUAUAUCGUGUGCGAAUUCUCAGCUGUUACACGUCCGGUUACUUGUUGACAAAGAAUUUACUGUGUCGACAAGCGUUUGUGCAACUGGAAAUUCUCUGAAGACGAAAGAAGAUUCUCUUCUGCAUCUAAUCGUAUCAAUACAAUAAUAAAAAAGGAACACAUCGUAUGUCGCGUUUCAGUGACCCUCAAGAUGGGGUAGUGUUAGAGUAAUUGUAGUUUAUUUUGAGAAAGCGUUGUGUGUGAUAUAGUGACAUUUAGUGCGAGGAGUGAGAAGAAAUCGCAGCCAUGUAUUCUAUGAACUACAUCGGGAAGUUCAUCGCGAACUUCCGCGAGUUCUACAACGAGAUCAACGGUGCGACGCUGACGGGCGCCAUCGACGUGGUGGUGGUGGAGCAGCCCGACGGUAGCUUCACCUGCUCGCCCUUCCACGUGCGCUUCGGCAAGCUCGGCGUGCUGCGAUCCAGGUUCAAAGUGGUGGACUUGGAAUUGAAUGGAGAGCCUCUGAACAUUCACAUGAAACUGGGGGAGUCAGGGGAGGCGUUCUUCGUAGAGGAAGUGGGGGAGGAUGAGGCGGAGUGCGCAGCUCACCUGGCCACCUCGCCCAUCCCCGCCGCGAGGUUCGAGGACCUCUACGAGCCGCGGCGCAGGAACUCGCUCUCAGCUGUCGAGCCCGACCACGGACAAGCCUCAGAUUACACCAAGCGGAGAUACACUGCUGAUGGACAAACAAUGCAGAAACCGGACUUGAGUAAACUAACAAAAAGUCCGAAGCAAGAGAAACCAAAGAAUGAGGAACAUGACCACGAGGCUUUGUUUGAGAUGGAAGGUCUGGACGAGCAGACGGACUGGACUGACUCCAAGCCUAAGACCUUUGCUGCGACGCAAUUAGGCGAAGGAGAGAGUGAAGCUAGUCAAACAGUGCAGAAGAUUAGUGCACAUAACGACUUUAGACCAAUAGAAGCGGCACCUUCUCAAGAUGACAUUAAAAAUAACGGUAACGGAAAGAAGAAGAAGAAGACGCGGAAAGUUAGUUCUAAGAAGAAGCAUCAGAGAAAAUCUUCUACCAGUUCGAUCUCCAGCCAGUCGGACCGUGCGGGUUCCGAGCAAAGGGCGACGCAAGUUCCUAUUCCUAACACUACAGACAUCAACUUCUUUAGCGACUCUGAAGUAAACACCGCCGCACUUAGUGAAGAGAUGUCCAACCUGAAGCUGAACGGAGACAACCGCAUCCCCCUGGCGUUGUCCGACACAGCGUUCGAGGUGCACGCCGCCUCCAGAAACGCAGGUUCUCGCGGCGGCACGCCCGUGGUGUCGGACACGGAGGUGGAGCUCGCGCGCGCGGUGGUGGGGGACAAGUCCUCGCAGUCGUGGCGCUGGGGCGAGCUGCCGGAGCCGCCGGUGCGCGCCGCGGAGUCUGCGGGGGAGUCCGGGGCUUCUCCCACGGAGCCUGCUUCGCCCGCUGAGCCUGCUUCGCCCACGGAGCCACUGAGCUCGGACGAGGAACGACCCGGGCGGCGCGGUGUGCUCAGCGGCAUGUUCCGUUUCAUGUCGGCGCGGGACGCCGGCGCCGCCGUGGAGGGCGUGUACCUUGACGACCUGGACCGCGGGCAGGUCGACCCUGAUCUCUACUUCCCCAAACAUCACACCGAACGAUACCGCUCCGGAGGCGUUGCCCCGACGCACGCGGCCGCGGGCCCCACGGAGGAGGAGUACGAGUCAGGCAACGGGCCCUCCCUGCCGCAGUCGCCGGCGUCCCUCGAGCCGCCGCCAUUGGACUCCGAUGACGACGACAAACUGCUAGCCAAGGGUCAAGUGGGCGUAUACGCUCGCGAGGAGGUGGUAUCGCGCGCGUUGGAGUAUGAGGAGUUCUGCGCACGCGGCGCUGCCCUAGCAGCGGACGGGCGGCUGCUGGUGCGGCUCGGGGACCGCUGGCUGCCCUGGCGCAGCGCCGGCCCGCUGCUGCUGUCGCUGCUCGCCUACCGCCGCCCGCUGCCCACUCGAGUACUAGAAGAGUUAGAGAAGGGCUCGUCGGACAAGGAGCACUCGGAGUCGCAGACGCGGCCGCCGGACAACGCCAAGCCCCGCGGCUACUCGUGGUGGAGCUGGCGCCGCUCCAACGCGGAAGCCAAGCGCACGGAAUCUUCACCUACGAAGGAAGAAGAACCACCUAAAGAGUCGUCUUCUCCACCCAAGGAAGGUCUAUCGCCAAUAGAGUUAGCUGCGGAGCCAAAGACGGAGGAGUCGCUCGCCCAGCCCAGCGAGAAUGUAGAAGAAUCGCAGGAGAUCACCAGCGCGGAUGAGAUCAUAGAGCCGCUGCUUCAAGACACAAUCAAAGAGGAAAUAGAUGCGAUCGGUAGCCCAAAACUUAUUCGCGACCAGGGCGAUAGACAUGACCACAGUUCUUCUGAUUCGGACCAAGAUGCUCACCCUUCAAGACCUUCACGGAGACACUCCACCUUUAGAAAAACACUGAGGCUCUCUUCUGAACAAAUUAAAAACUUGAACCUGCGCGAGGGCAUGAACGAGAUGGUGUUCAGCGUGACGACGGCGUACCAGGGCACCACCAAGUGCAAGUGCAACGUGUUCCGCUGGCGUUAUGAUGAUAAAAUUGUCAUCUCAGACAUCGACGGCACUAUCACCAAGUCGGAUGUCCUGGGUCAUAUCUUCCCCCUGGUGGGCAAGGAUUGGGCGCAGUCUGGUGUAGCGCAACUCUUCACUAAGAUAAAGAACAAUGGAUACCAGUUGCUUUAUCUGUCGGCGAGGGCUAUCGGCCAAGCGAGGGUGACCCGCGAAUACCUACGCUCGAUCAAGCAGGGCGAGGUGUGCCUGCCGGACGGGCCGCUACUAUUGAAUCCCACGUCGCUACUGCGCGCCUUCCACCGCGAGGUUAUCGAGAAAAAGCCCGAGGAGUUCAAAAUACAGUGCCUCGCCGACAUCAAGGCACUCUUCCCCGCCGGCUCCAACCCCUUCUAUGCCGGAUAUGGCAAUAGAGUUAAUGAUGUAUGCGCGUACCAAGCUGUCGGCAUUCCUAUCGUGAGAAUAUUCACCAUAAACUACAAAGGAGAACUAAAACAUGAACUGACUCAGACAUUCCAAUCAACGUACUCGCACAUGUCGGUGCUGGUGGACCAGGUGUUCCCGCCGGCGCUGUGCGAGCCCACAGACGAGUACUCGCACACAGUGUACUGGCGCGAGCCGCUGCCACUCGUCGAACUUCCAUCGGCCGCGCUGCCAGCGCCUAAACACUGAGCCGACCCUCGCGCCUCGAGAGGCUGACGCUUCGCUACAAUACCUGCACCCAAACGUGCUUAGUUGAAAUCUAAUUAAAUUACUAAUCAAAAAUUUAUAAUCUAAGAAAAACAUUGAUGGAAAUGUAUUGGUAAAAUUGAUGUCGUAAUUUUCACAUUAUUGGAGUUAGCAUAUAAUUAGUCGUCUUGCAGCGAGUUUGCCUACCGAUUUUUCACCAAAUAAUAAUGAUUACAAUGCUACUGCACGCAAUUAUGGCUUUAGCAGCUACUUUAUAAGUGUACCUAUUAUUUAUUACAUUGAGGAUUUAUGUGUUUGUUAAAAAGACCUAGACCUAGAAAUCCUCGAUAAACUGCUAAACGAAAGUGAGUUACCAAGCUCUUUUCGCGUCGCAUAGGCACGCUGAUAUGUUUAUUUUGUAAUAGUAGCACGUGAGCGAACGUAGUAGUCGUUGUUAGCGUAUUAUAAUGUUUGAUGUAAUAAGACUGCAUGUUCCAUAGAUGCAAGGACGAUAAAACUGCUAGAUUUAAGUUUUGUAUUUGUGGAUUUAAGUCUCGAGUCUGAGUUUUGGUUUUGCCGAUCGUGUAAGCUGUGAUGUCGUCGACUGAUGAAGCAAUGCUUUAUUUUUGUACUGUGAUUACGUAAUGGUAUGUUAUGCUAAGUUAUCUUUGUGUUAAAAUAGACAUUCAUUGAACUGAACAGAAGCACAGCUUCUGUAAUUGUUACUUUGUAUUAAAUUUUUAAAAGAUUAAUUAGAGAAAUAUUAUUCCUUUGUAAUAAUAUCAAUUAAGUUCAUUACAUUUUGUUUUAUAUAAUAUGGAUUAUUGGUUUUCCUUAGUAGAAUUGGUAUUUUUUAUAAAAUUAUUUAUUCUCUGUGAUUAUUUUAAUAAAAUUUUAAAUAUAGCUGA